GAAUUUUUAAUGCAACAUCUCCCCUGCUGAGUAGCUCACAGUGGCCAUUCAAAUGUUGUAGGUCUCCAUAACCACAGCGCCUAGAAACAUCCUGUAGGGAUCAGCUGUGCCUCUGUACAGACAAAGCUCCCUGGAAGCAAAACUUUCUAAUUGUUAUACACACAGGCUCAUAUUCAGGAUCCACAGUUGUCAGUUACGCUUUUCAGUGAGCCGUCCAUGAAGUGAACUUUCUUCUGGGAAUGCAAAUGGAAAGUUUUUCAUUACACCAAAAACAACUAUAACACGAGAUCCUAAAACAGUGGUCUCCAAUGGCAACCAAAGAGGGCAGACAGUGGUGGGAUCCAUAUGAAACAUCAAACAGAAGACAAUUCGUCUACCGGCCAAACUCAGCUGCAGAGAUAUUGCUGUGCCCAACAUCAACUUCAUUUAUAGACUCCUGUUCACAUUCUGGACCUUUUGGUUCAACUGUGUACAACAAGGAUUUUUGCUGGAAGGAAGCCUGUAAACCUGAAUGCAUCCGCACAGGAACAGCAUCAGGGCAGAGGAAAAACAACCCGCAUCCCAGUCAGGCUUUCAUGAUGUGGAGGCUGCCUAGAGAUGCAGCACAAAGCUUUGAAUAUGUCGACUUACCUUGGAAAUGUCCCCCGUCUGAGGGGGAGAUUCACAAGGCUGUGACAGCACAGUACCGCUCCACCUACAGAUGUGACUUCAUGAGUAUGCGUCAAGGAGAUGACCACGAUAAUAACCCAGAAAGAAAACUUAUAUCUAACCACAGGCGCAAAGUGCCUCCCUCUACUGACACAGAGAUGAGGGACAACUACCGCCAGCCAAAGCAAAGACCUGAAAUGCUGCACUGCAGCAUGAAUCCUAAAGUGGCCUGUCGUGGUAUAGUUCCAACUGUUGUGCAAAGGCACGUCCAGGCUCGGCAGAACAGAUCAGAUUUGACAAACUACGACAGGUUUUGUGGAAAGAGAGUAACUAAUGUCACACGUGUGAUGAAGUCUCUGCUGCCGCAGGAGCUGCAGCAGUUACAUGGAGUUUUGCCUGUGGAGGAAAAGGAGGCUGUAAAAACAAUUCUGAGAAAAGAUGCUUACGCAAACAACAAGGAGAAGGUGGAUAAACUUCCAGAAGUCGUGCUUAAUUCAUGCUCUCCAGACUGGAUAUCAAGCUGGCCAGGACCUCUCUGA